UGUCUGUAAUUUUUGCAUCAAUAUAUUUAAUGAUGUGGAACAUGUGCGCAAUGAUGUGGCAAAUCUUGAUUUAGUGCAUUAUUAUAGGGUAAGCAUUAGAAUAAGCUGCAGCAAUAUUUGUAGCCAUAGGUGAUAUCUCUCUAGGAGCUGAUCUGUAGGUAAGAUUUGAAAGGGAGAAUACUGAUCCGAGAGCAGCGCUGCCUUUCUUGCGAGCGUAUCAGAAUCGACAUAUGCCUCAGACGCAAUUAGUGAAUGUUCUCUCUGCAUGUUGUUUUGGUAACACAUGUUACAGCUUCGGCUGUUGUACAAAAUAUGCAUCAUUAAAACACUCCUAAACCUAAAUUCAAUCGUAAUCGGGAAACCGUAGGGGGGCUUGUCUGCUAUAGGAAGAUUGAUCCUUGCAAACGUUCUUGCAAAUAGUUCUGGGAAUUUGGGGAAAUUAGUUUGAACGAUUGCAACUGCAGAGAUCAUUUAUUAAUAACAACUUAAAUGAAAAACAGAAAAUAAAUUAUACAAUGUAAAUAACUGUAAAUAUAAAAGUAAAAUAUAAAAUGUACUUUUGUUCCUCUCCUUUUAUGUUUAAUUCUCAUGUGAUUUAUCUUCAUAUCAAGGAGCAGAGCCUGCUGAUGAGAUGGGAUGAAAUGAGUGUCAUGGACUUAAGGGAAAACCCCUUACAUGCAGAGUGUUGGGUUACGGAGAAUAAAUCGGCAGGACCUCAGGGUCAUAACUGUUCCCUGUCAUUAUGUUGACUCAAUGAAUGGAAACAAUCCGGUUGGAAAUAAUCCAGAAAACCUUUGCAUGGAUGAUCAGUAUUAUGAAAUCCUCACAGAAUGCUGUGUGGUACUUUCUGAUCUCUGAGAUCCUGAGGGAGAGGAAAAUAAAGAUCAAUGGGAAAAGAGUGGUAAAUAAAAUCAGAGGGAAAUAGGUUCAGUGGGACACAAUGAGGAGAAUUCAUAUAAAAUAUGUUCUGUGCACCCUGCUCAUGCUGGGGCUACUCUGUCUGAUGUUGUAUGCCCAUCAAGGCUUCACUUCCACCUGGGACACCUGGCACUUAAAGCAGGGCUGUACAAGCUCCCGCGCUCUUUUAGGGCCCCCACCAGAGAGCCAUGUAACUAAACGGGUCCCUUCUACGCCCCCAGACAAGACAAAGUGCCAGUCUGCGCAUCAGUCCCAUUUUAAGUCUCAGACACAUCCCAAGUCCAAACUUCAGUCUAAAUCCAAACCUCAGGCCAAGACCAAAUCUAAGUCAAAGAAAGAUGAGGGGACAAAGGCUGUUCCGGUUUUACCCACACGGCCACCUUUUGACUUUGAGGGUUACCUGAAGGAUAAGGACAACCGGGACUUCAUACUGCUGAUGGACCAGCUAGGGAAGUGCUCAGGCGAGCCCUACAUGCUCAUUGCUAUCAAGUCAGUAGUGGCAGACUUUGAAAGGAGGCAGGUAGUGCGGCGCACCUGGGGAAGAGAGGGUGUGUUCCAGGAUGGGCAGACAGUAAAGACUGUAUUCCUCCUUGGUGUACCCAGGAACAAGACCGCCCUGCCUUUAUGGGACCGGCUCCUUGCCUACGAGAGCCACACCUUUGGGGACAUUCUCCUCUGGGACUUUGAUGACACAUUUUUCAACUUGACACUUAAAGAGACCCACUUCCUCCAGUGGGUGAAUGACAGCUGCUCCAAUGUCCAGUUCAUCUUCAAAGGUGACGCUGAUGUCUAUGUGAAUAUAGAGAACAUUCUGGAGAUGGUGAAGGGUCAGAAGCCUGAUAAGGACCUCUUUGUGGGUGACAUCAUCCACCAUGCCCGCCCCAUCCGCCGGCGCAGCAGCAAGUACUUUGUGCCUGAGUUUGUGUACGGCCAGACUAUGUAUCCGUCAUAUGUUGGAGGGGGAGGCUUUGUGAUGUCCGGUCACACCGCCAGGCGGCUGAGUGAAGCUUGUCAGCAGGUAGAACUAUUCCCUAUCGACGAUGUGUUCUUAGGCAUGUGCUUACAGAGAAUUGGAGUGAAACCGUCACACCAUGAGGGUUUUCGUACAUUUGGCAUUGUGCGCCCCUCUGCUGCUCCCCACCUCCAGGUGUUUGACCCUUGUUUCUACAGGGAGUUGAUGGUGGUACACAGCCUGACAGUGCCACAGAUCUGGCUCAUGUGGAACUUGCUGCAUGACCCCCAACUGAGCUGUCACAGUGAACUGGCCCCCACCCUGUGGCCCUUCAAGUGGAGGGGCAAGGUACUCGGAACAACAGGACAGAAGGACUCAGAGACUACAGUGGAACAGGACUAUGAUGUUAAAGUGUUUGUAAAGCAUUGAGGGGUUUGGUUUAUGUUGAUCAGAGGGACUACACUGUGAAAGCCAUUGGGAUAUGGAAGCUGUGAUUGAAUGUUUGCUAGUUUAUUUUGAGGCAAUACAGUGGUUUUUGCUUAAAAGUUUACAGCCAUUGUAAAUGUACCCUUUUUCUAAGAAAAAAUUCCUGUUAUCUUUUUCAUUAACAUCCUGGAUGUAAAACCAGUCUGUAUACUGGUGGUAAUGUUUAAAAUAUCCCUGCUCCAUUUAGGUACAGUAUGACUGAAUCCAUCUUUUUAUUUUAUUGCACAGAGCCUCAAUAAGGUCAAUAUUGACUGAAGCAUGUGCCAGGUUGAUUUUGUGAAAUUGAAUGUACACUACAGUGUUGUCAAUUAUGAAUCUUUGUGUGUGAUAACACAUCAUAUUACACCUGUACGUAGACUUGAAAGGGAAGUUAGGGGAGGCAAAGCUCAAUGCAUCACCUGUAUAGGACACAUCACUGCACUCUAUACUCCUCUGUAAACUGGUCAUCUCCGUACAUCUGUCGCAAGACCCACU